AUGGCCGGUAAGCUUUUGUACACCAUUAUUUCAGUUGUUGCGGCCCGAUCAAUGGAAGAUGGCAAGGCAAACACAUUUUUGAUCGCGGACCCAAAUACACGAAACAAGCUAAUCAAAAGAUCAGAUGAACCCCGACGCUCCGGCCGGGCCACCAAAGGCCAGCACAAGAACCUCGAGCUACCAGAUGCCCCCGGAAAGAAAGGCAAGGGCAAAGGCUUGAAGGACAAGAACGCCAAAUCCUCCGCAGAACCCACACCCGGUCCCAGCGAAGGAGAAGGAGGAGAAGAGGAGGAGGAGGAGAUCAUUCGCUGCAUUUGCGGUGAAUACGAAGAAGAAGAGGAUGUGGAGCGUGACAUGAUCUGUUGCGACCAAUGUUCAGCAUGGCAACACAACGACUGCAUGGGCCUUACAUUCACGAAAGGCCAAGAACCUGAUCAGUACUAUUGCGAACAAUGUCGACCGGAAAACCACAAAGUCCUUUUGGAAAAGAUCAAUGCCGGGGAAAGGCCUUGGGAAGAAGUCGCUGAGAGGCGUCGUCAAGAGGCCGAGGAGAAAAAGUCCAAGCGCAAGAAGGGCAAGAAGGGAGCUCGUAAAUCUAGACCGAGUGAAAGCAGGACAGAUGCCAGCACACCGAUGCGCACUGCACCCUCCAUCACACCUGGUCCGCUCGGUUCUCCUAGGACUGGUGUGUCCGCGUCGGCCGAACCAGAGAAGAAUGGCCAUGCCGUUGAUUCCCGGCGGUCCAGCACAAAUAAGCGCAAGCUUGAAGAGUCAGUCGAGGUAGAGAAUGUAAGUGUUUGCUUCCCACCAAACCUCUUUUUGAAGCCCGUUAACCUUUCCAUCUACCAGGGACCGCAGAUUAAACAACAGCGCGUAUCCCCUCAAUCUAUCACCGCAGCUGUCCCACAAAUCAAGGCAGACGAUGCUAGCGAGACGCUAGCAACUUCAACGCUGGAGGAGCUGAUGCCCACGAGAAGGAGUAUAGCUUUACUUCUCAUCAAGUUCUUGGCAGAUCAACUCGCCGUGGCGUUGAAAGCCGGGUCAUUUGCAUUGCGUGCGAACCAGUCGUCGGAGGACUUGGCACGGCAGCUCGGUCUAUCUAUUGAGGAUGCUAUGUAUGAGAGUAUCUGCGGGCGGUCAGGCGAACCGAGUGAAACAUAUAAAUCGCAAUUACGGUCGAUCAUGUUCAAUGUAAAGAAGAAUGCUUCUCUGCGAGAUCGCUUGCUCGUAGGCAGUCUCUCCCCCAAGGUGUUGUCUCAAAUGACAUCUGGAGAGAUGGCGAGCGAGGAAUUGCAGCAGAAGGAUGCCGAAAUCAAGCGAGAGGCAGAACGACAGCACAUGAUCAUCCAAGAGCAAGGUCCUCGCAUUCGACGCACCCAUAAAGGAGAAGAGUUGAUUGAGGAUGAAAACCAUGGUGCGAACGAAUCCGUUUUCUCAAGGGCCCCCCGUCGUGCUCCCGGCGAAGGUGACGGCAGCCCCACAGAAGGAAGCCCGACAAGCCCAAAGGGACCUCAGCAUACCAGAUCAGACAGCUUCACCCGGGGCCCUUCUCCUGGAGGUAAUCACCACGAGGACGUCUUCCCAGAAGUGGCCCCCAAUGUUCGCGAGCCUGUGCCUAGCGGAAGGGUCCAAGCAGAUGCCGAGAUUGACCAGCUCUUGCGAGACGAUGAACCUUACUCCCCUCCAUACUCCCCCAAAGACUUCAACGACGAUGGCAUAAUCUGGCGCGGCAAGGUGACUAUGCCUCCCAUCGGAGAAUUUUCCUCAACAGCCAAGCAUGUGGGAGGUGCCGACUUGAGUGGCCGAAUCCCAUGGAGCCAACUCGCCCCAUCUACGUUCUUUGUUGAUGGACGCAUUGACAUCCAACGAGCCACAGAUUAUCUCUGCGGUCUUCAGUUCAGCAAAUCAACCGAUGUCUCUGUCAUUGCAGUCAGCAGCCCCGACCAGCCCGAGCAAAAAGCUGGCUUCGACCAGAUGUUUGACUAUUUCCACAGCCGUGGUCGUUAUGGUGUGAUUGGAAAACACCCAUUGUCUGCCGUCAAGGACACAUACCUUGUUCCCAUGGAGGUCGGCACCACAACCAUGCCGGAAUUCAUUGAGCUCUUGGAAAACAUUUCCCUGGAAGGACCCAUCACUGAACGCAUUCUUCUCACAAUUUUCGUCGUCAAGACGGGAGAGUCCAACCCCCCCUCUGUUCAGCCACCCUCUCACCAAGCUAGCCAGGAGCCACCCGUCUCUGCUAGUCCCCUCACAGCCAAUUCAUCAACGCCCCAACAGCCUCAAUUUGUCACAGGAGUGGCGCCAACACCUCCGCACUAUGCUGGAUACAACUCGAACCCUGCACAGUCAGGCCAGUUCUCCAACCAACAGCCAUCUCUGACUGGGCUUCCAGCUGCAGUGCAGGUACUAGGCUCACAAGUGGAAGCCCCAGCUAUUCAGCAAUUGUUGAAAACUGCACCCAAUGUGGACAUGGCACAGCUUAAUGUCGUCCGUGACAUCUUGACUCGCCAACCUGCUGCCGCCGACAGCUACGAUGCCUUGAUGCAAGCUCUAUUUGAGAUCCAGGUGAAUGGUGGCCAGGUUCCUAAAUAG